AUGUCGAAGCUAAAUUUGUCGAGCGUCCGAAGCACUGUAAACGAUAAUGCGUCUAAACAGGACAUUUGCCAAACAAAGUUUGAAUCAAAUGUAUUAACAGACCCCGAUGACGAGCAUUAUUGUGAGUACCGUGAUGAGAUUUGGAAGAAUCUUUUGGAGCAAGACGCUGAAAAGCCAAUCAUACACCUUCAAUCACCACAAUUGGAGUUCCGAGGCGCUUUAGUGCAACAGCUGCGUGACGUCACAAAAAAGCUUGGGCUAACUGUGGCGACCUUACACUCGGCUGUGGCUCAGCUAGACUUGUUCAUGGACGCUCACAGACUCAGAGCUGAUAGACUGACGCAUGUGGCGUUGGCCUGCCUCAGUCUAGCUGCAAAAAACGAGGAGAAGAUCAGCAGAGCGCCAACCUUGAAGACAUUAUCCAAAAUAAGCGGUGUUCAGCUAUGUGGGAAGACGUUCAGGCAGUUAGAAUGGAUGGUCGGACAGCAUACGCUUCAAACGCGAUGGUGCCAAGUACUCGAAGCGUAUUUGGAUUUGACAUUAUCAGAUGUCCGUCUAAAAGUAGUAGAGUGUGUGGACGUGGGGUGUGCGUGUGUGGCGUGCGCACGCGCAGACCUGGGGCUGUCAGCGUGGCCCGCCUGGCUCGCCGGGCGCUCAGGACGAAGUCACGCGCAUGUAGCGCCUAUAGCGAGGCUCUUACAGAGGAUGAUGCAGAUAUUGAAAUCUCGUGAGGCUGGUGAUUCAGAAAUCGACCAAGGAUACAGCAGUGCAAGAACAUCCCCAAAUAUAACACCCUGUACAUCACCACAGUAUCAAAUAUCACCGGCUUCGAGCACAUGCAGUACUUCAUCUAGAAGUUACUUGAAUGUGGACACUUCAUAUCGCCAACGGCCAGUAAGGCAAGAAAACCCGUAUGCUGUACUAGACUUAGAUAAUAAUACACCGAUAUUACCAAACCACGAUUACUAUAUACCAACCAUAGAGAACUGCCAACGAGUAAAUAAUCCAUCUGAUUAUAGAUAUUGUAGGGCUAGUAGAUUAAUUGAUUAUGAUGGUCAGCAAUCUACAAGUAUGGCUGUGAAAAGAGGUCUAGAUGGUAACGUAGAUUUAGAUAGGAAACGGUAUCGGCUGACGUCACAAAUGUCACAAGUCGUGCUCUGA